AUGACAGCCUUCCAGCCUUCUGUAUCUUGGGCUUUCCUCCGCCAGGUGAGAGAUAAACUGUGGCAUGACCUAAGAUCUGCCAUGCUAUCAACUCUGCCCUAUAGGAUUGAAAUUGAGAUUAGGUUGAUUAUGAAGGCAGAUCGAAUGCCUGUUCAGGAUCCUUUUGAUAGGAAGCUUCUCUGA